AUGUCUGAAAUCCAAAGUAAUACGUGCCUAUUCUGCAAACUGAAGGAGAUCAAGCACAACAUUCUUGUUGAGAAUGAAUCAGUCUAUGUCAUUGCAGAUCGGUAUCCAUGCUCUAGGUGCCACCUGCUGGUCAUCAGCAAGAAGCACACGAAGUUGCUGCACGAGACAGAUGACACCACUUUGACUGAUGCUGUUCUGAUGCUCAAGCAACUUGCCCUGAGACUGGGACUAAGAAGCUACAACAUCCUGAACAACAACACGUUCAAUCAGCUGAUUCCACACGCCCACAUUCACCUGGUGGAGGCAUCUGAGAAAGCGAACUUCACCACAGUCCCUGACUCAAAUCUGAGUGAAGUUGAGUACCAGAAGAAGGUAGAGGACUUGAAGAAGAGACUCGCUGAAAGCAAGGCAGAAGGAGGGUAA